AUGUUUCCAAUUAAAAGUUCAACGACAAUUAAUACUUCAACGGUUCCAGCAAACACGAUGUCACCGAAUGUAUCAACCAUCAAGAUGAAUUCAUCGAAGGCAGCAUCAACGAGAAUAAUUCAUCCAAAAAACGUUUCCUGUACCAAUAUUCCGCGAAGCAAAAUGUCAACUGUCAAGACUUCUUUGUCAGCUUUGCCUUCAAAAGGCAAAGAUUUUUCAAAGUUUCGGCAAGCAUUGACUACCAAGACUUCUUUGAGAUCCUUGCAUUCAACAAGGAAAAUUGCAAAUGAGGUGCCAUCAUCAACGAGAAUGCCUCUGAAAUCGUCGUUCUGUUUAAAGAUUCAGCAAACCAAAACGUUGACAUCAAAGGUUUCCUUACCAACUAAGACUUCCACUGGAAUGCUAGCAACUGAAGUGUCAUCAAAAGAAGUUAUCGUCGCAUUGCCUUCAAAAGGCUUAUUGUUCGAAAAUAAGGUGCCAUCAACAAAGAGAAUGCCUCAGAAGAAGUUAUCGUCGGCAAAUAUUCUGCAAAGCAAAAUGCAGGCUAAAAAGAAUGCUUUUACACCUUUGCCUUCGAAACAAAUGUCAUCAUCAAAGAUGAAGAUCAAGAAAAGGAUGAAAUCAAAACAAAUCUCGGUCGUGAAAAGCUCUCCAUCGUGUUAUCGUGGAAUCACUUCGUCAACCAACUAUAAUGAUUUGCCUUUCGACCAUGAUCAAAUUAAUAGUUUGCUUUCUAAGUAUGUCACAUCGAGCAGUACAUAUAGAAGCAGCCGUGUAUGUCCAACUCUUCCACUUAAAUCUCCUGGAUUUAUAAGGUCAGUGAAAAAAAUGUGUUCAUGGGUUCGUAGGAAGAUCACUUGUUCAAGCUAUUAAUUUAAUUAAUGGGA